CCGCCCCUGCUGUUCCCGCCCCCGGGCCUGGGACGCCCCUGGCACCCACCCUCGCUCCUCCCUCGGGCCAGCCCUGCGCCCCAGGACCUCUGCUGACCCCUUUCGCAGUGCCCAGGCCUCUCCCGCACCCCAGCCCCUCCCCCAAACCGCGAGACCCUCUCCGGCCCUUCUCAACGACCAGGCCUCUCCUGCACCCCAGGGCCUCUCUCCCAGCCCUCUCCAAAACCCGUUUUCUCCCUGCACCGGAGCCCCUCGGCCUCUCUGUUCCCCCACGCCCUCCCUGCCCUCGCCCACUCUCCUGGCACCUCCUUCCUGCCCACCGCUCUCCGGUACCCCAGCUUUGCUCUGCUUCUUUCCCCGACCUCAGGCCUUCCUCCAGGUUUUCUGUCCCGAGGUCCUGGGUCUCCAGGACUUGCUCCCAGGCCCUACCCUAGACCCCAGGCCCUCGGCUCUCCUUGCCCCGGCCCUGUGGUGCCAGCCGUGUUCUGCCCUCACCCAUAGUCCCCGGCCUCAGUGCUUGCGCCCCAUGGCACCCCCUCUCCAUUUGCCGCCAGCCUUCUGUCUCCUCCAGACCCCUCUCCCAGCGAUGUAGCCUCUCCUGAUGCCUCUGCCGCUCCCCCACCUUGCCGGGCCCCAUCCACCCCUCUGCGGGGCACAGGUGGGCCUGGAGCGCCAUGAUGUGCAGGCUACAGGGCCCACCUGAGUGCCACCCAGCUUCUGGGAGCCUCCCAGCCUGUGCCCAGCUGUGCCUCCAGGCUGCCUGCUGUCUGUCAGAGACAGCAUGGUCCACAGAACAGCAUGGGGCCCGACAGAGUGACAGCCCGAGAGCUGUGUGAGAACGACGACCUGGCCACCAGCCUGGUCCUCGACCCCUACCUCGGCUUCCGCACUCAUAAGAUGAACAUCAGCCCAGUGCCCACCCUGCGGCGACAACAGCACCUGCGCUCGGCGCUGGAGGCCUUCCUAAGGCAGCGGGACCUGGAGGCUGCAUACCGGGCCCUGACACUGGGAGGCUGGAUGACUCACUACUUCCAGAGCCGGGCCCCGAGGCAGGAGGCCGCCCUCAAGACCCAUGUGUUUCGCUACCUCCGUGCCUUCCUGCCUGAAAGUGGCUUCACAAUCCUGCCCUGUACCCGCUACUCCAUGGAGACCAACGGGGCCAAGAUUGUGUCCACCCGUGCUUGGAAGAAGAACGAGAAGCUGGAGCUGCUGGUGGGCUGCAUCGCGGAGCUGCGGGAGGCUGACGAGGACCUGCUGCGGGCCGGUGAGAACGACUUCAGCAUCAUGUACUCCACCCGCAAGCGCAGUGCACAGCUGUGGCUCGGCCCUGCUGCCUUCAUCAACCAUGACUGCAGACCGAACUGCAAGUUUGUGCCUGCAGACGGAAAUGCAGCCUGCGUGAAGGCGCUGCGAGACAUCGAGCCGGGGGAUGAGGUGACAUGCUUCUACGGCGAUGGCUUCUUCGGUGAGGAGAAUGAGCACUGUGAAUGCUACACCUGUGAGAGGAAGGGCCAAGGAGCUUUCCGCCUGCAGCAGCCCGGGGAGCCCGAGCUGCCACCACAGCCCACUGACAAGUACUUGUUCCGGGAGACCAAGCGGCGUUUGCAGCGGGCCCAGGAUGGCAGCUGCCAGAGCCUAGUAGGCCCACGGGCCUGUAACCACUUGUCCCCCCUGCGCUGGGACCCGUUCUGCGCUGUCUGCCAGCCCCUGCGCCUGCCUGCCUGCACCUCUCCUUUGGACAGCUUGCCGCUCUGGCUCCAGUGGCUGCCCCAGGCCCAGCCCCGAGUGCGUCCCAGGAAGCGCCGACGCCCCCGGCCCCAGCAGGCCCGGGUGCCCCCUGCCAUCCGUGAGGCUCAGGUCUCCCUGCACCGCUGGGGAGGCUGCAGCCCACACUGCCGCUUGCAGGGGGAAGCCCUGGUGGCCCUGGGGCUGCCCCACUGCGCCCGCUGGGCCCCGCAGCAGGACUGGCACUGGGCACGCCAGUAUGGGCUGCCUUCCGUGGUACGUGUGGACCUUAGCCGCCUGGCCCCAGCCCCACCAGCCACCCCUUCCCCCGCCAGCACCCCAGGCCCCAGCCCCUCUCCAGCCCCUAUUCCCAAGCAGGCCCUUGCCUUUGCCUCCUUCUCUCCACCCCGGCGCCUGCGGCUCGUGGUGAGCCAUGGCUCCAUCGCCCUGGAUGUCAACAGUGAGGUGUUGUGAUGGGCAGUGGGCUGCGCGAGGAAGAGUUGCCCUCCCAUCCCCAGGGGUCUGACCCCCACUCUGUGACUGCUUCCCCUGAGCCACUCUCCCCAGCAGGAAGCUCUGGCCUUUGCUGCCCUUGCUGCCCCUCCCCCACCUCAGGACUACGGGAGCCCCUCUUCCCUCCUCCACUCUUCCCAGGGAGCAAAGCCAUAAGAGAGUGGGGCCACCCCAUGGCAUCUCCCCAGAAGCCAGGCCUCUAGGAGGUGGAACCAGGGGUUGGUCCUCCAGGUUGGGGAAUGGGUUUGCUCUGCCCUGCAGCUGUCCAGGGUGGGGGACAGUGGGUGGGGAGUGUCAGGGGCUCGUCCCCUCACUGCCCAGAGGUCUCAGGGAGGCUGGGUGCGACCUCAUUUUUCUAUGGUGCUAUCCCUGGUGCUACUAGGGUGUGGGGGGUUCCCUCCCCUCGCCACACCAGAGUGGGGUAUGUUGAGGGAUUAAAACCACUUGAACUUAUUUUAUUAAAACCUUGUUAU